GAUUACGAUAUAAUUCAAGAGGCUAUACACAAGUUGUAAACUUCCUUUUUAAUGAUUUGAAUUUAAUUUUGUGAUUUGUGCUCGCGCUGACUUUACAGUCAUGAAUGACAUAAAUUUUACCCACGAACAUUUUUUAAACUCUUUCAGUAGUUACGAAAGUUUUUCUAGCCAGCUAUCUCUUUUUGAACCGAGAUCAGGAUUCGGUUCUCCGAAUUCCAACCAAGAAAAUAUCGGAAAGCAGCGGCGGAAGAAAAAACGCGGAGCAGUUCAACAAUAUCAACAGCGGCAUGCGGCGAAUAUGAGAGAACGCAAGCGAAUGCAGUCCAUCAACGACGCAUUUGAAGGUUUACGCACGCACAUCCCAACGUUACCAUAUGAAAAAAGACUUUCUAAAGUUGAUACAUUAAGACUUGCAAUCGGAUAUAUUGGUUUUCUCGCUGAAUUAGUGGAGUCGGAUGUGCAAGCUAAAGAAAAUGUUACAAGCCAGUUAGGAGAACAGCCGAAAAAAGUCAUCAUUCAUUGUCACAGGGGUUCAGAAAAUAUGGAACAGUAUGGUUUACCUCCCUUAGCUGGUCAUUCUUUAUCGUGGACGGAUGCAAAGAAACCCGCGUACGGACCAAAUAAAACUCUUAGUGCUAAAAUUUGGAUCCCUGAAGACCCGCGUCAUUUGAAAACACAAGAAGCAGAUUGUUCGGGACUACUGGAUUCUUCGGGUGAAAUAUGAUCAAAUUGCGAAAUUGUUUAUAUAUUAGAUUGUCCAGACAUCUAGAAGACAUUGAAUUACGCAAUGAUGGGUUAAAAGAACAAGACAAUUUAAGAAAAAAUCAGGAAAGGAAACGGAUCUGAACUAGUUUCGUUUUCUGUUUUGGUUUCAGAAAGCUACUUUAUAUCGCUGUGAACAAUAUAAGUUAUGAAGGAAACAAAAAUAAUACUAUUAUUAUUAAUAUUUAUGAAUAGUAUGUAAGUUCUGUGUUUGAAAACAGACUGAUAAGAUUAACAGGAGACAAACAUUCCAGUGAUCUCGUUUUUACAAGCCAUGACUUCUCGGUACACCUUUGGUUUAAUUAAUGGGCGACAUUAUUCACAAAGAUCAACACGUAAAAAUGAGAGUUUUUUUUAAAUGCGAUUACCCCGUAAAUACUUCUGAAGCAUUGACGGCCUAACCUUAGCCAUAAAGCAUUCCUAGUUCAUUGAAUCUACCAAACACUCCUUGUGCUUUUUUAUCAUACAAUAACAAAAGGAUGCCCUAACCCUAAAUUCUAUAGUUACGAAUAGCCUCUUCUAAAUCAAAUCCUAUUUUUAGUUUCAUCAUUAACAUACACUGUCGACAGUUGAAACUACUUCAUGCCAUCUAAACCUUAGCUGAAUCUAUUGACUUAAUCCAAUCUAUUCGCACAAUCAAACAGAUAUAUUGUAUCUUAAAUUUUUAUUUACAGGUUAUAAAAAAUGAUUUUGAUGUUUUGAAAUGUCACCGUUAUACAGAACU